CUUGCUUGACAGGCACAGAGGUGGUAUUUCUUCUCCGGCGCUCACCUUCGUUGUUGCAUUAGCGAUCGCACCGGCUGAUCACUCUUGGCGGGCAUCAGACGCAGCAAGACCGCUUCGAAAAAUGACAACGCUACUUCUGACCAGGCUCGCGGGGGCCGCUCUGCUUUCGGCAACGCUUGUUCUGGGACAAGGUGGUGGUCCGAAAGCCAUCUGCGACAGGCAGCGCAUCGCUGUGUGCUAUUGGGGUAUUGCCGACGCGUUCCGAAGAGAAAUACUUGCUCCAGCCUUUUUCGACAGAGACAACUAUUUGGCAGAACUGUGCGACAGUGAUCCACGUGGCCUCCCCGUAAAGAACAUGUGCAAGGAAAAUUAUUACGGUAGCUGCACAGACACCGAGAAGAAGGAGUUCGCAAGCAUGGAACGAGGUUACGCCGCGCUUCGUGCAGAAAUAACCUCCGGAGAGAACUGCGAGUCCGUGGCGCAGCUCGGUAAAUGCAUGGACCUCGAUGUGAUGCGCUCUUGUGAUCUGAAAAUUAACGCUGAGAGCUUCGAGAAACAAGUGGAUGAACAGAACAGGAUGGCACAAAACUUGAAGGCGUGCGUCGAGAAGGCGGUUAAGACCUGCGAUCCCAAGAAGAAUGCUGCGGCUAUCUCCCAUCUGCAGAAGAUUAUUGAAGCCACUAUCGACCUCUACAGGCUGUCUGACCAGCCAAACGCUGCUCACACCACGCAGGCUGCUACAGCAGUCGUCGCGGCAUGCCUGCUGAGCUUGGUAGCUCGUAACUUCUUUUAGGAGACCACGCGUAUAACGACACAUUCUCACAAUCACCGACCACAAUCAGCGUGAACAGCGUAACCUGUAUGCAACCUAUAAACAUUUCUAA